UGAGCUAUCCAUCAGGUAGGGACUCAACUUUUGUGCCCUCAUUGCUAUUAUUGUUUAAUUAUUAGACAAUGAGUUGUUAGUUACUUGCCAUGACUAUACCGACAAUUCCAGGAAGCUCUAGCUAUUUGGACAUACACCCUGAAAGAAAAAUUUCUAUGUUCAAGAACCCUUACAUUCUAGGACUCACUUAUGUAGCUAGCAUUGGUGGAUUGCUUUUCGGCUAUGACACUGGUGUUAUAUCAGGAGCUCUUCUUUAUAUUAAAGAUGAUUUUCCCGCCGUCGGACAAAGUCAUUUUCUUCAGGAAACAAUUGUCAGCAUGGCAGUGGCUGGUGCAAUUCUCGGAGCAGGAAUAGGAGGUUGGAUUAACGAUCGUUUCGGAAGAAAAAAGGCAACCAUCAUUGCAGAUGUUUUCUUCCUUCUUGGAGCAAUUGUCAUGGCUGCUGCACCAGAUCCUUAUGUUCUCAUAACUGGCCGUGUUUUCGUUGGUUUUGGUGUUGGUGUUGCUUCAGUUACUGCUCCUGUUUAUAUUGCAGAAUUAUCACCAUCAGAAAUAAGAGGAGCACUAGUUGCCACAAAUGUGCUUAUGAUAACCGGUGGAGUGUUUGUUUCUUAUCUCGUAAAUCUUGGUUUUGCACAUGUCCCCGGGACAUGGCGAUGGAUGCUGGGAGUUUCGGGUGUGCCAGCAGUAGUUCAGUUUUUUCUCAUGCUCUUGUUGCCAGAAUCUCCCAGAUGGCUCUACAUAAAUAGAAGGGAAAAUGACGCCGUUAUUGUGCUUGGUAAGAUAUAUGGCUUUGAUCGUUUAGAGGAUGAAGUUGCUUUGCUUACAACUCAGUCUGAGCAAGACCGACGAAAAAGAGAUGAUGUCAGAUUCUGGCAUGUUUUUAAAUCAAAAGAGAUCAGACUUGCAUUCCUUGCUGGUGCUGGACUACAGGCUUUUCAGCAAUUUAUAGGUAUAAACACAGUGAUGUACUACAGUCCAACAAUUGUUCAAAUGGCUGGCUUUCACUCCAAUGAGUUGGCUCUUCAGCUCUCUCUCAUAGUUGCCGGCUUGAAUGCUGCCGGAACCGUUCUUGGCAUUUACCUUAUUGAUCAUGCAGGCCGGAAAAAAUUGGCGUUAUAUAGCUUAGGAGGAAUAAUCGCAUCGCUGAUAAUCUUAUCGGUCUCGUUUUUUAACCAAUCUUCUGCCACUACUACAACAAAUCAAAGUGACUUCUAUGGAUGGCUUGCAGUUGCCGGUUUGGCCUUAUAUAUGGCUUUCUUCUCGCCGGGGAUGGGGCCGGUGCCGUGGACAGUGAACUCUGAAAUAUAUCCACAAGAGUACCGAGGAAUGUGUGGAGGCAUGUCAGCUACUGUGAAUUGGGUUUCGAAUUUGAUUGUGGUGCAGUCAUUUCUAUCUAUUGCAGAUGCUGCCGGGACCGGUCCUACUUUCUUGCUUCUUGCUAUAAUAGCUGUGGUUGCAUUUUUGUUUGUGGUUUUCUUUGUUCCAGAAACCAAAGGAUUGACAUUUGAUGAAGUGGAACUGUUGUGGAGGGAGAGAGCUUGGGGUAAAAAUCUUGACACUAAAACCCUUCUUGAGCAUGGAAGUCAAUCCUCUUAGAAGUUGCAGUGAUUUAAAUAUGUUGUUAUUAUAUGAAUAAAACUCGGAUAAUAAAGGUGGAGUUCUUGCUAAUAUGCUAUGAGGCAAACCUAUGCAAGUGCUUUUCUGGGGGCACUGAUUGCUUCUAGUAAUUACAUAUUGAGGCUAGUAAGAGUGACAUUCAAAAAGAAUUGUGUUUAUAUUUUAUUGCAUUUUUAUCAUUUAAAAAAAUCCAAAAAUAUAUUAAAAAAGAAUUGAUUUAGUCUUUUAAUUUUGACUCAUCAUUGAA